UGGCCUCUUUUGAAUCCAUUAAAUUUGGCAAUUCCCUUUUAGUGCAGGCUUUAGUAACAAAAUUUUGCAGAAUGUAACUAAGUAUUAGUUAUUGGUAUGUAUAGUUAUACUUACUUUUAUUUUUCAGGAUAACACAAUUACUUAUACCUGACUCAAAUGCAGUAAUGACCGUAACAAUGACAAUAUAUAAAGACCCUUCUUUUACUGAUAUCAUCACCAGUGACACCGUCCUGGUCUCAGAACAAACUGUGUAUGUCUCAGUGGUAAUAUCACAACUAGAUAUCAUUUCACUUAAAGUGCUCAGACUGUAUGUCUCGCCAAACUCAGAUCACACCGUUGGACCAACCUACAAUCUGUUGGAGAAUGGGUGUCCAAAUCUUACCUUGAGCAAAAACAACCUGAACCCCAUUCAGAAUGGCCUAGGCACAGAAGCUCGGUUUAAAAUGAAUCUUAUGAUAUUCUAUGCCUUCAGCAGUUACUACCUCUUUGCAGAUGUUACCAUCUGUAACAGCUCUUGCAUACCGGUAUGGAUUUGAAAUAUCAGAAAAAGCUUGACCAAAUAUAUAUAGCAACUGGGAUAAAUUCCUUUGUGCUCUGUCUG